AUUUGGCAAACGUUAUAUGUGUCGAAAAGAAGAGAAUGUGAUAAAGAACCUCUUUUCUCUCUCUUUGUUUGGGUACGGUUUGGUUGUGACCACUGUCCUGUUCCGGUUUCUGUUUCCUUUGAGAGCAGAAGAAUCAAAUCAAUUCUUCACCAUUUCACCCCAGAAUCUUGAUCCCUUUAUCCAGAAGCGUGAUUGUUGGUUUCUUUCCCAUUGGGUUGUUGCUGUUGUUGGUGCUCAUUCUUCGUGGAAAAGAAAUGGCGUCGAGUAUAGGGAUGAUGGAUAGCGCAUACUUUGUCGGCAGAAAUGAGAUUCUCACUUGGAUCAACAAUCGCCUUCAACUUAACCUCACUCGCAUUGAGGAGGCUGCAUCUGGUGCUGUACAAUGCCAGAUGAUGGACAUGACAUAUCCAGGGGUUGUUCCAAUGCACAAGGUGAAUUUUGAUGCAAAGACAGAGUAUGAUAUGAUUCAGAAUUACAAAGUUCUGCAGGAUGUGUUCAACAAGCUGAAAAUUGAGAAGCAUAUUGAAGUUGGAAGGCUAGUUAAAGGCCGACCUUUGGACAACUUGGAGUUCCUUCAAUGGCUAAAACGCUAUUGUGAUUCUGUCAAUGGAGGCAUUAUGAAUGAGAACUAUAAUCCCGUUGAGAGGAGGAAUAGUAAGGGUGGAAACCGGAAUGUCAAGGGUCUAAAGGGAUCCAAAUCGCUGCAAACAAAUGCUAUGAAUCAUUCUGGUUCAGGCGACUCACUCAGGUCCAAGCAAUUGAGAUCAAGUGGAGGAGCAGAUGGUGGUAAUGCUUCAGCUGAUAUUCAGGUUUUGUCCAAGCAGGUUUCUGAUCUCACACUGUCAGUGGAUCACUUGGAAAAAGAAAGAGACUUUUACUUUGCAAAACUAAGGGAUAUAGAAAUUCUUUGUCAAGCUUCAGAACUGGAGAAUGAUCCUAUGUCUCUGGCAAUUAAGAAGAUUCUGUAUGCGGCUGAUGCAAAGGGAUCAGCAUUAGAUGAAGCUCAGGAAUACCUUAAUGAAGUCAUCAAUGGUGUUGAAGAUGAAGUUGAAGGUGAAGUUGAAGCAGAAACUGAAACCUGAUUACUCUUACAAAAUGAUCCUGGCUGGUAUGCACAAGAUAUUUGCCAGGUCCUUGGUAAACAGGCAUUAGUGCCAUCUGUGAUGACUAAGACUAGUUAUCCUUCUCCAUGCCAUGGCCAUGAAGUGCCAUAAUGACAUAGCUGUAGUUUUAUGGACCUUUUGUUUCUUGUUGUAAACCUGGAUGGAUAAUCAAAUAUUAUGGUUGAUGUUUCCAAUAAAUAAAGUUAAUCUCACUGUCCUUGAUAUCAGUUAAAAAAGAACUUCAAUGAACUUUUUUUGAAA